UCGAAUUCGAGAUCCAGGAUUUGACAGUGUAUCACCAUUAACACCAGCACUUUGCGCCAAACACAUAUCCAGCUGCCAGAGCAGGGGAAAGAGACCAGGGAGCCCAUAUCCGAGUCCGGCGUGGUCUCAGCUACUCAAUUUAAGCGGCCACGUACCCGUUACCCCACCGCACCUACGAGAAAGCACAACCUCAAGAACCGCAAUGUCUUCAUCAACGUCAACGUCAGUGCCGCCGGUAAGCACAAGCACAACAGACUCAACAACACAACAGCAACAACAACAACCAGCCUUCCCCAAGAUCCUCAAGAACGACCCGGCGCGGACAGGCUUCGACCCCAAAACCAGCUGGUGGAUAAACUACUUCAAGAUCCUGACCGGCUCCGUGACACCCGAGGGGCAAUUCCACUACCGCGAGUCGCGCUACCGCGCCAACGAGGAGAAGGACUGCAAGCGGUGCGACGAGUUCCGCGACUGGGCCUUCAACUACUCCCCGACCGUCAUCUUCCUGCGCGACAAGAUUGAGAAGCUCAACGGCCGGCUCGACGAGAACAACGUCGUCUGCAGGCGCUGCCCCGCGCGGCUCACCGAGGACGGCGAGGUGCACAGGCAGGCCGGCGGGUUCAGUCCCGAGCACGGGAUUCUCAUCUGCGCCAACGAGGUGCGCGACCGGAAACAUCUCGAGGACACGCUGAGCCAUGAGAUGGUGCACGCAUGGGAUCACUUGAGGUACAAGGUCGACUGGCUGGGCCAGAAGGAUCUCAAGCACGCGGCGUGCGCAGAGAUCCGGGCAAGCAUGCUCAGCGGCGAAUGCAGAUGGACACGUGAGACGUUCACGAGAGGCAACUUUACCCUUACCGAGCAGUUCCAGGACUGCGUGCGCAAGCGGGCAGUCCAGUCUGUCCUAGCGCGGCCUAGCUGCAAAAACGAUGUCGAGGCUGUCAAGGUCGUCAACCAGGUCUGGGACUCGUGCUUCUCGGACACGCGGCCAUUUGAUGAGGUGUAUCGUUGAACAAAGGUCUAAAAGCUCUGACAAGUGUCGCCAAGCGUUGACAGCAUCGGGGCUCGUUGCGAGAGGGACGACAAACCAGGUCAAUCCCAGUGUAAAACAGUGUUCUCACGAGUGUAUAUACUUUUGGCAAUCUCCUGCAAUCGGACGACAGGCGUGCGGCGUUUAGCUUUCUUUCUCUUCAUACAGCGCUCUCAUUGCAGGCUCAAAAUCUGUAAGACUGUAUCUGCUGGUGUAUGCUGAUGUAUCAGAUAUUUGAAUAAGGAAUGCCCAUAGGACAUUCAU